UUAUUUCCAGAGUUUUUGAACGAUGAAAAAUUUAAGAUUGCUUUAAAAUUCAGUCUGAAUACGGUAAAUUUUCAAGCUGUCGGAUUAAAUUCACCAACGAAGGAGUUCGUGAGUCCAACUCGAAUGUUCGAAGAUACUUUCAAGUCGAUUUGUUGGAUAAAACAAUGAAGGUGUAACUUGGUCACUUUGGCGUUCUGAAGGAUUGAUUUUGCAAGGAUCGAGAAACAGUGUCAUGUUACAUAAUUCAGAUGAUAAAGUUAUCGAUAAAAAUGAACUACAAAAGUCACCGAUAUCGUUCCUGACAAAAUUUUUCAAAUGGAAGAAAUUAUGUUUGAAAACGGGCGAAAGAAAUAGUUGCGGAUCAGUGUAUAAUGAUAAAUUAUCACGAGAUGAAACGACUAAACGAUUGAGCUGCAGUGUGGCUUGUAUUCCAUCUUCGGUUUCUGUUCGAGAUAUUAUGUCACCUUAUCCACCAUCUCCAGCGUUAUCUAUGCCAUCUCGUAAUAAGAAUAUUGAUCACGAUAUGGAGGCUCUCAGAUUAUCCAGACAAGAUGAUCCAUUUUUAAAAGUUUUGGCGAGUAGAGAGAGUUUGGCUGAUAGUUUUGUUGGCGAAACUGAGCAAGAAGGUCCUACGAAUUUACCACAGGUGUUACUUCCCGACGUCGAUCCUUUAACCAUUCCAGAAUUUCAUAAACACAUGGUAAGAAGUCCACCACCUGUGAAUUGGCCAAGGUCACCGGUUUUUAGAUUCGAAAAUUCUAGUCAAGAAAGUCUCGGAGGCAAGAGUUCUUUCAAGUCGCAUCAUUAUUCGAGAGAAUCGAUGAUGGAUUCGGUAUCGUCGGGAUUCGUAUCACCAAAUCUAAGCAUUCCAACACGAUCAUCGCAUCGUUCUUCCAGUGCCGAAGCUAAAGAGAGAAGAUGUAACAGCGCAUUCUCGUUAAUUCCUCCAACUUCGUUUCGUUCUUUAUCCGAAGUGCGACGAUUGCAUAUAAAAAGUUCCGAAGAUAGUCAAUAUCUAGUCACAUCGUCAUCGUAAAAUAUAUUGAUAUUAUUCAUGUAUAUUACUAGCUUUUUAUCGCACAGUAAGAAGCUUCUAGUAUUAAGUGAUCUCGUUUUAAGUUACCUGUGAAAUAAUAAUUUUUUUUCCAAGCUCAUCAUCGAAGCGUAUUAUUGCGGAGUCGUUCGAGUAUUGUAUUUUUUUCUUUCUCUCUCUCUCUUAUUUAAAAUAUUCCGUAUCUAGUCCUUUUUGUGUUUCAUUUUCUCUGUUGUUGUAACAUUUGAAACGUUGUGUUGUUAUUGUUUAUAUAGAUUAUUGUUUCACUAUUUUUUCCCCCUCCCUUUCCCUCGUCUACUUACGUAUACUUAUAUUUUAUAAUGAUUUUUGUCCCGCUUGAACAGUAAUCCUUCCUUUUUGAAUAGCUUUUUGAAAGUAUUUUAUUUGGCGCUGAAUUAUUAACGCUUUUUUAUUGAGUCAUGUUUCCUAAAAUGUGGUACGAUUUAUUCUUCUUUAAUAAUGUAAAAAGAUUUCUCCGAUUCCUAAUUUUUUUUCUAUUCGUUUCGAAGUAACGUUUAUAACGUAUUUUGGCAUAAAUACCUACCUCGGGUCUAGCCCCCAAAGAAUAACACUCGUAGAGAAAAAGUGUUUCUUAUUUUCUAGCAUCUUUUACAAUUUUUGACGCAAAAAUUACCGAAGAUGUCUGAUUAUUGGAAAUACAUACAGAUGCUGUCCUGAGUAAAAAUUUGAAACAUCCUGCCAAGUAUGGUUUUAGUCCUGCUCUCUGUUACGAAUCUUAGAACCCCUCCUACCUACUCGGUUUUUUGCUCAAUAACUCACCAAAAAAAAAAAAAAUGUUGAUUUCAGUUGAAAAAGUGAGUCAACGAAUAGAUGAACGUCUCGUUGUACGAGUACUAACAAAGGCAGAUUUUCAAGCUGUCGGAGUGAUUGUAUGCUAUUUAUGUAAUAAUAACUGUGUAAUGUAAUUACGUCCAUUUUGCGCCGACGAGUUGUGAACAUUUAUGUAUCGUUGUGAAUCUAUAUUACCACCUUUACGCGUAAUAAGAGUGAAUUUUUAGUUUCGUCUAUGAUAAUUUUCAUGAUUGUAUUUUAUGUAUAACGAAAUUUCUUUUUAUAUCCAUCUACUUACUUAGUGUUAUGUACAUUUAUGAUGAUUAUUGUGUGAAAAUUACAUUAAAUGCCCCGUUAGAAGGAAUUUCGUUGUUUAGUUCCUAAGAUUUAAUUUCUCUUUAUAAAUUUGUUUAUCGAGUUAAAAAUUAAAGUUUUUUUUUAUUUA